CGCCGGCUGCGAAGGGCGGGGAGCGCCACCAAAGGGGACUGUUUGCUCCUACGGGCUGUAGAUGGAGCUGUCCGGCCCCGGCAAGGGGGAAGGCGCCUGGAAAACGUUCUUCUUCUCCCUGGCCGGCCGGAGCGGGGAACAGCACUCCCAGGAUGCAGUUUGUGUCAACACGGCCGCAGCCUCAGCAGCUGGGCAUCCAGGGCCUCGGGCUGGACAGCGGGAGCUGGAGCUGGGCCCAGGCUCUGCCCCCGGAGGAGGUCUGCCAUCAGGAGCCGGCGCUGCGCGCGGAAAUGGCCGAGGGAAUGCCGCCCAUGCAGGCUCAAGAAUGGGACAUGGAUGCCAGGCGACCAAUGCCUUUUCAGUUCCCGCCCUUCCCAGAUAGGGCCCCUGUCUUUCCUGACCGCAUGAUGCGUGAACCCCAGUUGCCCACAGCAGAGAUCUCACUCUGGACCGUGGUGGCUGCCAUUCAGGCGGUAGAAAGGAAGGUGGAUGCCCAGGCUAGCCAGCUGCUGAACCUGGAGGGACGCACGGGCACAGCAGAGAAGAAGCUAGCUGACUGUGAGAAGACAGCGGUGGAAUUUGGUAACCACAUGGAGAGCAAGUGGGCCGUGCUGGGGACCCUGCUGCAGGAAUAUGGGUUGUUGCAGCGGCGGCUGGAGAACCUGGAGAACCUGCUUCGCAACAGGAACUUCUGGGUCCUACGGCUGCCCCCUGGCAGCAAGGGAGAGGCCCCCAAGGUCCCAGUGACCUUCGUCGACAUUGCUGUCUACUUCUCUGAGGAUGAAUGGAAGAACUUGGACGAAUGGCAGAAGGAGCUCUAUAGCAAUCUGGUGAAGGAGAACUACAAAACCCUGAUGUCCCUGGACACGGAUGGCCCGGUUUCCAAGCCAGAUGCUCCAGUUCAGGCAGAACCCAGAGAAGAGCCUUGUGUGUGGGAGCAGCAUCACCCUGAAGAGAGAGAAAUCCCAGUGGCUGCAGACACAGGAGCAGAGCCCCUAGUGCCUGCACAGGACUUGUCCUCCCAGGUAAAGCGAGAGGAAGCCCUGUGUGUUCGGAGCCAGAGGGGCCUGGAAGAAAGAGUCAUCCCCACAGAAUCCAUCACUGACUCCCCCAUCUCUGCCCAGGACCUCUUGUCCCGGAUUAAGCAAGAGGAACAGCAGUGUGUGUGGGACCAGCAGGAUUUGGCAGAGAGAGAUAUUCCCACAGAUCCCAAUUCAGAACCUCUCAUCUCAGCACAUGACAUUUUGUCCUGGAUCAAGCAGGAAGAGCAGCCGUACCCAUGGGGCCCUCGUGACUCAAUGGAAGGAGAGCUUGGAUUAGACUCUGGCCCAAGUGACAGCCUGCUGCUGGUGAAGAACCCACCCCUGGCUUCUGCGCAGCCCCAGCCUCACCAGCAGAGCCUUCCAACCUUGGCGGUGCCCGAUAACCCUGGUGGCGCUGAGAGCCGCAGUCUGCUUGAGGACGGCUUCCCCGCGCUUCAGGGAGAUCGCAGUACGGGAGGCGAGACUCAGCCCGGUGGGGAAGGCAGCGCGGGAGGUGGAGGCGGUGGCGGAAGCGGCGGCGGCGGCACUGGUACCGUUAGUGGCGGCAGUACCGGUACAAGUGCGGGUGCGGGCAGUGGCUGUGGCAGCUGCUGCCCAGGCGGCCUGCGGAGGAGCCUCCUGACUCAUGGUGCGCGCAGCAAGCCCUACUCUUGCCUGGAGUGCGGCAAGACCUUCGGCGUGCGCAAGAGCCUCAUCAUCCACCACCGCAGCCACACCAAGGAACGUCCGUACGAGUGCGCGGAGUGCGAGAAAAGCUUCAACUGCCACUCCGGUCUCAUCCGCCACCAGAUGACGCACCGUGGUGAGCGGCCCUACAAAUGCUCUGAGUGCGAGAAGACCUACAGCCGCAAGGAGCACCUGCAAAACCACCAGCGGCUGCACACGGGCGAACGGCCCUUCCAGUGCGCUCUCUGCGGCAAGAGCUUCAUCCGCAAGCAGAACCUGCUAAAGCACCAACGCAUCCACACCGGCGAGCGGCCCUACACAUGUGGCGAGUGCGGCAAAAGCUUCCGCUACAAGGAAUCACUGAAGGACCACCUGCGCGUGCACAAUGGCCCUGGCCUGGGGGUGCCACGGCCGCUCCAGGUGCCGCCAGAGCGAGACUAGGGUUGGGCUGGGGGGCGGGGAGGACCGGACUGGAGUUGGGGCGGGCCAUGGUUCCUGAGGACCAACCCUCCUACCCCACCUUUCUCAGCACACCUCCUCGCCCUCUCCCCACUCCUGCUGGAAAUCGGCACAGGAAUUGCACUCCAGACAGGGUAUUCCAAGGGGUGGACCGGGGUACCCCAGUACUGUCCAACUCUUGUGGACAGCCCAGCUCAUCUCAUAGGGUAAAACCAGUGGCCAGGGAAGGUUCCAGAGGGACCGCAAGGCAGCAGGAAUCGUUUGGACACACCCUGGACUUCCUAGUGUGCCCACUGGCCACGGGGGCCACAGAUUCUGAUCAGGGAGAGUGAACAGGGAGUUUCAAAAUCCUUCUAAAAUAAGGAAAUAUGAUCCAUCCUAAGGUGAGAAGACGCCCUGAAAAAGAAAGCAAAGACGCAAUGGGAAACUGAGGAAAGCGCUAAGGGUGACGUUCUCUUGACAACACUGCCUCGUGCUCUAACAGCGCUUUAUACUUUUUUAAGAGUGUUUUCUAUCCGUUAAUCUAUGUACACCCUUAGCUUAUCCCUUCGAGAUAGGUGCGGUAGGAUUUUCUUGAUGUGGUAACUAAGGAAAGUGAGACACGGGUGAGAUAGAUGUUUAGCAAGACCACGUGAGAACAGUGUGGCUGAGCCGCACCAGGGCCCCAGCCAGUGCAGUGUCCCCACCGCACACACUGCCUACCUCUGUCGGUCUCAGACCGCUCUCACCUGGCCGUCCCGGUCUCUCUCUUCUCUCCCUCCCCUCCCCGGGUCCCCCAAAUCCUCUCAGAAGCAACAGGGGCAACUCCUGGGGUUACUGGGAAUGGGGAAUUGAUUGGCUGUAAAAUGUCUAGGUUUGCCCUAGCAUCUUGGUCCCCCCAGCCCUCCAGAGGCAGCUGGUGCCCUGGGUCAGACCUCACCCUGAUGAUUUACUCCAGUUUCCCAGGGCACAGGGUGAGGAAAAACCAGCUGCUAGAGUAGCCACCAAGGAAUGAGACUCUGCCCAAGAGGGUUGGGCAAGUGGGUGCUAGAGCCUGAGCUCUCUCCUGCCCUGGGCAUCCAUCCCAGGUGGUGCUAUCUGUUAACUAAUUGUGCUCAUGGACAUGGACACAGAACUAUGCUCUGACCCUGCAGGCGCCAUGGGAAGCGCCCAGAGGACUCCUUUCCAUGUUGGUUCAUCGUCCACGGCUCCCAGCACCACAGCCUGGUGGGCCAGUCUCCAUUUCAGCAUCUUGCAUGGCCAGGCACUGGGGUGGGGUGGCAUGCCCCAGGACCCUUGUUUGUGUCAAAAAUGGCUUUCCUGCUCCUCUUGUGGAUCCAGUUUCUCUCCCAGCUAGGGAGCAUGGUGGGUGACCAGCAUUUCAUGGCACCACCUUUGUGAGCACUCUGCUUCUGUCCUGCUCAUCUGCGCUGCUCUGCUUUCCUCAGACCCCUUUUUGCCGUGCAAAGGGAAUUCUUGAAAUUAAAUAAAAGGUAUCCAGAUUGCA